ACGCGCAGUCGUAGUUCGUAUCUCAUGCGUCGGGCGGCCGCCCGCCCAGUCGCGGCUCACCCUGCCGCCGGCGCGAACAUCGCGUAUCAUCCGCGAUCGAUACCCUCAUAACCCUUAACCAUCCCAUUAAUUAAAAUAAGCAUAACCACCAUCUAACAACAUCUAUCAGUCAUAACAAAUACGUAAAACAUCGCGAAUUAUAGAAUUUUUAACCUACAUGAGUUGAGAACAUUUUAUCGUUGUCCGCAGUACUGAACAGUUAAAUGUUAGUGAUAUUUGUGAUAAAUCAAAAUGCACAAGAAAUAAGAAGUAAACUGGUUUAGAUAAAUGUGUGGGACGUGAUUUGGAUUAGAAGAUAUGACGUCGCUAAAGCAUGGCGUCAAUUUGAGCCGGCGGGCGUGCAGGCGUUCGCUAGGCCUGCUCACUGCCGCUGUUCUUCUCUCAAUUGCUAACUCAAAUCCUAUCGAAAGCACCACAAAAACAAGUCCGUCCAUAGCAGUCGAUGGGAUCUCAACGUAUCCAGGACUGGGUUUCGGGCCCAUGGGCCCCGUGGCGCCUCUGCCCGGGGAGCCUCCGGGCACCCAGCUACGGCAAAAGCAGGAGACAACAACAGAUUUACCGGUCACUGAAGAGCCCAAGAAGGAGAGGACAUUAGUGAUAGCCGCGUUUGAAUUCCACCGCGUUGAAACGCCGUUCUUAAUUGGCGUAUGGAUAUUUUUUGCCAGCAUUGCCAAAAUAGGAUUUCAUAUGGCUCCACGACUGUCGAAGAUUUUUCCGGAGUCCUGCCUACUUAUCUUCGUGGGGGUACUUAUUGGCGCUUUACUAUUAAGCACACAUAGUGUUCACGUGCAACCUCUUACGCCUGAUACUUUUUUUUUGUAUAUGCUCCCUCCCAUUAUUUUGGAUGCAGGAUACUUUAUGCCUAACAGACUUUUCUUUGACCACCUUGGAACUAUACUGCUGUUCGCAGUUGUUGGAACAGUUUUUAAUACUUUAACCAUUGGAUUAUCGUUGUGGGCUUGUGGACAGACUGGCAUGUUCGCGUUUCCAACUCCUCUUUUGGACAUGUUAUUAUUUGGUGCUUUAAUAUCGGCUGUGGACCCGGUGGCAGUUCUAGCGGUUUUUGAAGAGAUUCACGUAGAUGAAGUAUUGUAUAUAGUAGUAUUUGGAGAAUCUCUUUUAAAUGACGCCGUUACUGUUGUUCUAUAUCACAUGUUUGAAGCUUACACAGAAAUGGGGCCAUCGAAGCUAAUGUACACUGACUUCCUCGCAGGCUUUGGGUCUUUUAUAGUUGUAGCAUUUGGUGGUACAUGUAUUGGUGUAGUUUGGGGUUUCGCUACUGGCCUUGUAACAAGGUUCACACAUGAAGUGAGAGUGAUAGAGCCGAUUUUCAUCUUUGUGAUGGCAUAUCUCGCAUAUUUGAAUGCUGAAAUGUUCCACAUGAGCGGUAUUCUGGCAAUUACCUUUUGCGGAAUAACGAUGAAGAAUUAUGUGGAAGCCAAUAUAUCGCACAAGUCUCAUACCACCAUAAAAUAUACAAUGAAAAUGUUGUCAUCAUCAUCAGAGACUAUCAUAUUCAUGUUCCUUGGUGUUGCAACUGUUAAUAAUAAUCACGUGUGGAAUACUUGGUUUGUGUUGUUGACAAUUGUUUUCUGUUCCGUUUUUCGUAUUAUAGGUGUGUAUAUAUUAAGUGCAGUAGCAAAUAAGUUUAGGCUGCACAAAUUAAACACUGUGGAGAAGUUUGUCAUGUCUUAUGGAGGUCUCAGGGGUGCGGUGGCGUUCGCUCUGGUGCUAUUAAUAGAUCCGAAAGUGGUGAAACUGCAACCCAUGUUCGUUACGACGACGAUAGCUGUUAUUUAUUUCACAGUAUUCAUACAAGGGAUCACAAUAAAGCCUCUAGUAAAGAUACUCAAUGUUAAGACGGUCGAGAAAAGAAAGCCUACCAUGAAUGAACGCAUACAUGAAAGGUUUAUGGAUCAUCUUAUGGCGGGCAUAGAAGAUAUCUUGGGUAAACAUGGAAAUCAUCACAUGCGUGAUAAAUUCAAGAGAUUCGAUAAUCGGUUUAUAAGGCCGUUUUUGCUGAGGAACUAUCAGGGCGCCGAGCCAAAAAUUCUAGAGACGUAUUCCAAAUUGGCUAUGCGAGAUGCAAUAGAGUAUAUGCAAAGAAAUGCGUCAACUAUUGGAAACAUUUCCGGUGCAGAGUCGAUGUCGGCUAUAUUUAAAAACUAUACAAAUGCAAAUUUAAAUGGAAGUCCAAGCUUCAGUCAAUUAGAUUCGUCAACGUGGAAUAUAGAUAUGCAAGAACUGGAAUAUAAUCCGUCCAAAAAGGAUUUAACAGAUGCUAGAAUUCAUCACCUUCUUGCAGAAGAAUUGUGCAAACCGUACAGACGUCAUCGUCGUUUAAGCUAUAGCCGCCAUGCCGUAAACGAUCGUGAUUUAGGAAUGCAGUUGAACUACAAAACGCACAUGAACAUAAGAAGGCUUGUCGGCGAUAGAAAACACCACCAUAAGCGUAGUAAGCGUGGGAAGCAGGAUGGCAAAAACCAUGUCUCCUUCCCAGAAUUCCAGCAAAAUGGUUCGGCAAAACAGUUCACGCACGAUUAUAUUGAUGAGGUUUUGCAAGAGGAUGAGGAGACACCAAGGCGGGAAAAUGAUGAUGGUGGUAUAACCUUCACUGCCAAAUCUCCACCUGGGUACAAAGAAAUAAGCCCUACAUCUUCGCAUAAAGAAAACAGUAGUUCAUUACUGAACCAGUUAGCAAAUUUGCCUGGAUUUAAUCCGUUGAAAGCGCGGAUCGUUAAGCAGUAUGCUAAAACACCAGAAGAGAUACUACCAACGGCUGUCGAAAAAUCUUUACCGUGGAGAAGAGACAGAUCCACGUACAACUUUGUUCCAAAUGAGGACAUACUCGAAGAAGAUGAAAGGAGAAUGUCUGAUGAUAACGAUACAUACAUGACAGUAGCGGAACAAGCGCGCGUUGCAACCCCAACGGCUACAGAGACUAUGUUGCCAUGGAAACGCGAAGAAACGGAGGGUUCCGGUGCCCUUAAACAAUUCGAGUUCCCCUCUUGGGCGUCUAACAAGGAAUACUUGGCUUAUAGUUCACCCUCUGCUACAUUUUUAGGUGGUAUUGAGAAGCCAAAGCAUCCGAAAUCUAUCAUAGGUUUGUUCCGAAGAGAGAGUUCUAGUUCAACGCACGGAGGAGGUGAAAUACCUGUGAUGUCAGACUCUGAGGGUAAAGCGGAGUCAAGCAAAGGGGACACGUCUUCAAGUAAAGGCGACAUAAGUGGGCAAGCGAAGCAAGGCCCAAGUUUGCUGUCAAAGAGGAGUACCAGCUUGGGGGGACCUACGGUGCUUUUAAUGGAGGACGUUGCCCAUUCCGAUCCUUUGGGCGCGUCGUCAAGACCUGCAAGCAUCAUGCAGGGUCCACAUAGAGGCCAAUGCCGACGAGGAUCGAUGUUGGAACUGACUGGUUCAUUAUCGCGAGAUGCGAUAACCGAAGAAAAAUGCAGCAAAUCUCUACCAGAGAGUGAGCGGAUGGGUGUCCGCCGGCUCGCGCUUGGACAACAGAGCCUGCCUCGUGAAGCCUUCAGCCGGCAACACACUCUCACAUCCAACGUUCUCACCAGUUCAUCAUCAGACGAAUCAUCCGACGAAAACACCUGAGUAUCAAGACGUGGUGACCAAGAUCGGUUGCCACUCCUAAAAUAUAGGACGUUGAAUUAAAAAAAUAUAGCUUUUUCUGAAUAGCAUUUAUAUAACCGGGCUAGUUUCAUCAUGGAAAAUGAAAAUUUUGCUUUAGAAAUGAAUUAUAGAAAUAGGUGUAGAAAUUGUUUAAAAGUUGACCGAUUUGACGUUUACAUGUAAAUAUGUAGUGGUUUAGUAAAUAGAAUCGAUACCGGUAUAAUAGCAUGAUGUAAUAAUGAAUUUUGAUUAAAACAAAUAAUAUGAAAAGCAUAAUAUUCGCCUGCAUCAUAUGUGAUAUUAAGUAUAUUAAAUUUCAAUUUGAAGAAUGAUUACAGGUUUUUAUAAGAGAUGGCUUUCAUUUGUGUACCAUGCGAUUUUAUUUUUGAUGUUUCGAUGACAAAAAUAUUUGAACAGUAUUUUUCUAUGCAAUUUGUAUAUAAAAAUACAAAUGAUGUAAUGUACCUACAUAUGAUAAGCUAGUGAAAAUAUAGACAAAGUUCUUGUUAUUAUUUAUUUAGGAGAGUAGAAACUUCCUGUUCCGGUACCGGUUGCCAAUGACAAUACAAUAGUAAUAGUUAUGAACUGUUUGUAGAUAAUUGAUUUGUUGUGUAUAUUAUAAAAUUAAUAGUAUUAUCAUGUAUCAUAACAUUGUAUAGGUAUAAUAUAAGCUUAUUAGGUAUGUAUGGAACAAGUUCUUCGUAAUUGUUUAUUGUUUAUCAAUUUGUCUUGUGAAAAUAAACACCAGCUGCAGAUCUAAACACAUUAUGGCGUGGUAUAGUUUGUGAAUUUGCGAAGUUGUAGGGACUAGUUUCUGGAUCUACUGAACCGAUUCUAAAAAUAUUUUCCUAUUGGUACUGACACUCGCAGAUAGAAAGCCACGUUAUCUGUGAGUGUCUUAAGCUAUAGUUUAUUUUGUUUUUAUCCCUGGUCUAUCCACGCGGAGCCGGCACGAGUGACUGUUUUAAGCUAUGCUAUCUUGAAUUUGGCUACUAUCAUCGACAUUUUUAUAAAAAAUAUUAUAGAUUAAAUGAAUAUCUUACUGUCAUUGGCAAUGUGAUAUUGUGUAAGAUAGGUAGGGAUUAAUAAGGAACUCUAUAAUACAAAUUUACUAGCUGCAAUUGAAAACAGAAGACAGUAUUAAAUAUAGGCGUUGCUAUUUUAGUUUAAUUUUAUAUGUUACGAAAUAUGUACAUAAGAGUACCUAUUUAAUACGUAGAUUGUUGUCCUUACAAAUGUCUGUUUUAAUUUAAAAAAAAUAAUUGAAAAUAUUUGAGGCCCAAAUAGGUAACACUGAACGUGUACGUUACUUAAUCACUAGAAUUGUGAUAUUGUGAAUAACACGUAGUAAUUAAUUAUUAAAAUUUGAAUUGUAAAGAAGCUUAGGUUAGUAAAAGUAGGCGAAAUUGACAAUAGAGUAGAAAUAUAUUUCCUUGCACCUUAUUACUCACUUUCCUAAAUUUUGUAAUAAGAUAUUUAAAUAGUUUUAAUUAUUUAGUAAAUGUAAGGCAUUAGAUCUUUAACAGGUUUAAUAGAUAGACAUUAUUUGUUGUUGUCGUUGACAUGCAUUAAUCAACAAAACUCACAAUUCAAUAAUAAAAAGGUCAUCAAAAAUGCUUGAGCGGCGUUGUAUAAAACGUUUUGCGGUAAUGUUCCAAGUCUAUUUUAUCAUUAGAAAACUAUACACGCGUAGGAAGAGUUUUGCUUUGGGCAUUUUUCAGUGAUUGCAAGUCUAGUUGUUUAUUGUACAGCAAUAGGAUCGUUAGGCCAUGCCUUUUUUUAUAACAGUUUUGUGUUUCAUACAAGGCGCCUUUUAAAGAUUUCAAAUACCGAUGACCGUUUCGUCUCAUAAUAGAAGUACCUAUAGAUUUGGCGUGUGAAAAUUGCUCGUCUUUUAAUUUUGGCUAUGAAAAAGAAUGAAGAUAAAUACCUAUUACUCAUGUUGAUACAUAUAUUUAUAAUAUUAUAACCAAAUGUUCAACAAUCGUGUUCAUAAUGUAAUCUCAUAUUUUAUAAACAUAAUAAUAUGCAAUUUCUAUCACAUUCAAUAGGUACCUAAGUACCUACUUCCUCAUAGAAUGAAGUAUAUUUGUAUAUAAAUAUUUUAUUCCAAGCCUACCUUCGUUUGAAAAAAUAAAUGAUAUCUACCUAUCAUAGAUAUACUACUAUGUAUCUAUGCUACCUAUUAUUUAUACAUCUAAUUUGUGUAUCUAAUAAAAUCUCACCUACAUUUAUAACACAAAUUUAUGUAUUUAUUCUUUAUAAAAUAUAAUUAAACUGUACCUUUAAGCUUUUUGAAUAAAUUUGGUGUGUCAAUUGAAAAAAAUAGUGCCUAGAAUAUUUUACGAUCGCUCACUGAUAUUAUUAUUAAUUUUGAAUUGAGUAUUGUGAAAUAAUUAUUGUAAAAUAGAUAUAUAGUGUGACAAGCUAUGUAACAUAAUGAAAAUAAAUAACGAUUAAUCGCGA